CACUCACUCACGAUUACCUACGCGCAGCUGGGAUACACUUCCCUUUUUUUCGAGUAGUUUUUACUACAUUGAAUCCAUCAUCUGUUGUUGUCUUGAUUAGAACGAUAUUUUCUAGCCAUGGCCGAGGCCGUGCGGGCAAUGGCACCGUCCUCUUUGAAGCUGCCCAAGCGGUUACUCGACUUUUUCGCUCGAUAUCCUCCUGAACUGUAUUCUGCCAGAGUGACUGGAGUGACGAUACCUAUCACCCGAAAGGCAGCCAAAGAGGCUGCGAUCGCCCGGAAUGCUGAGAGCUCAGCCGCAGCACCGGAGCAAACCAGUCAAACUGCGUCAGCAAUCACCGUAACAUCAGACGAACUGGCACCUCCUACACCUACACCUACACCUCAGUCCUCAUCUACAGCAAAUAGUCUCCCACCGAACCCAUUCUUACCGAGAAAAAACUUUGUUACAGGAAAAUGGGCGGGCGCGAAGAUCGGACUCCGGCGGCAAGCAGAGCUAGUUAAGUUGGCAAAGGAAUGUCAAAUAGAAGAGUUGUUACCUCCCGGUCGCAAAUCGACGGCAUUCAAGCAGUCACGUUUACUCGAACGAGGCCUCGCUGUGAGAGGUACGGGUGUAGGCCAGAAGGUUAAGGGACAUCAAUGGGAACGACAUGUUGGAGCCACUUUAGAGAAGAGGAGGACUGCCAUGGAAAAUAUGCCAGAGCUCAUCAACGAGUGGAAGAGGCGUGGCCAUGGCAGGGGCUGGAAGAAAUACCCGAAAUAAGAUCGCGGUUUUACAAGUGCGAAGGAACUGUUCAAGGUUCAAUUUUGAACUUGUUAAUAUCUGUUCUCCGAAGAUCUUUCUCCUACUGGCCUACUGGCGGAGUUCAAGCACACCAGACACAAAAGGCGGCAUCUGCGCCGCCAAACAGGACAUAUUUGUCGUCCUGCAGAACCUCGUGAUCUCCUAAAAGGAAGGUGAUCACUGUAUAUAUGUUAUAAAUUCAGCCACCGUGGAAAGAAUCGGAUGGAGUGUCUCCAUCGAUGUGGUGUUGUACCAUAGACCAAUGAUAGAGACGGUCGCAAUAGAACUCAGCGGCUCUAGUGUAUAUUUUGAACUUGUAACAUCAUUUCGAAAUG